AUGUUUCAACUCUUCAGUUGUUUUCUGGCUUUUCUUCUUUUCAACAACAUUCUCAGUUGGAGUCCAUCAAAUUUCACUUACAAUGCUGGUCAAGAUUACAGUCUCGUCUGGGAAGAUGAUUUCGAAAAUGUCGGUGCCAUCAAAGCAACAAUCAAUGGCGCACCGGCCUAUGCACCAAAUUCAGCAAAUUGGGUUCUCAAUACCGGAAAUAUCAACGGUGGUUUACAAAAUUAUACGAAUUCUAUUGAUAAUGCUUACGUUCAGAAUGGUCAAUUGAAUAUUGUUGCAUACAAAGAAGGAUAUACAUCAGCAAUGCUUUCCAGUGUUGGUCUUCGAGAAUUCACCUUCGGAAAAUUUGCAGCAAAAAUCUGUUUACCAUAUGGACAAGGUAUAUGGCCAGCAUGGUGGUUACUUGGAAACGCUUGGAAUAAAUACAAACUCUAUUGGCCGACUGUUGGAGAAAUUGAUAUUUUGGAAAUGAUCGGUGGACGUCAAUGGGGAACUCCAAACGACAAAAUCGCACAUGCAACAAUUCAUUGGAACAAUGCAUCGAAUGCGAUGUCACCAUUGUAUCAUGCUUCAUACGGAACACAAUGGCAAACACCUGAUGGAUCUUUGCUGCAUAAUAAUAGUCUAGUUUAUUGGACAGAAUGGACCCCAACACAAAUUAGUAUUGGAUUGAAUGAAUUUACAUAUUUUCAAUUUAAUACGACGAAUAUCACUCAAUCGAUCAAUCCAGUCGAUGCUUUUGGUGGUAAAUGGCCUUUUUACAUGAUAUUGAAUAUUGCUAUUGGAGGAUCAUGGCCAGGAUCACCAAACAAUAGUACAGUUUGGCCUCAACGAAUGGUUGUCGAUUGGAUUCGGGUUUAUCAAAAACCGUAG